AUGUUACGAAUUACAAGUAUGCUGAUAGCUGCAAAUGAUCUACCGGAACAACCAAAAUACGUUCCAUUAAAAUCCGUUCGUGUUGAAGGAAAGAUAGAUUUAUUUGCUGCUGAUGUGACAAUCAAACAAGUGUUUCGUAAUGACGAAACA